AUGGAGGAUACCGCAAAGUUAGUAGUGUAUCGCGACGGUGAGAUAAUAUGUAAUACUCAUGAGGGAGUGAGGUUUGUGUGUCAGAAUCCGUUUUCGUUUGUGGUUCCAUGCACCAUGACGUUUAUGGAACUUCAGAACGGUCUCUGUCAAAGCAUGGAGAACGGUACAUUAAUGAGAGUGAGCAGAAUUCUGUACUGGAAUCCGGUUAUAGUUUUUGGUGGUCUAAUACAGUUUGAUACCAUGCCAAUCACUAACGAAGUGACUAUGCAUAAUAUGUUUCAAAUUCACUGGCAGACUCAGAUGCGACAGCCACUGAUUGAGCUGUAUGUUGAGUUUGAAACCGUAAAGGCGGAAGGGAUUCAAAAUGACUUAGAGGUGGCGGAUGAUAGAGCUGCAGUGUACGAGGGAAUGAGUAGUGACAGCGAAGAGGACUUCGAAGCCACUUAUGAAGCCGGUGACGAAGAGCAGGAUGGUGAUGUGGGAGUUGAGACAGCAGCUGAUAAUGUAGUGGUUCACCCAUCGAGCAGUCAACCGAUGAACGUGCCACCUUUUAUGCGUGAGUUGGAUCUCGACGCCAUGCAUGCACCGGAGUUUCCGGAAUAUUCAAACAUAGGCGUUGCUAAUCCCGAGGACGGAGAGUUCCGGAUUGGAAUGGAAUACAGUUCUAGAAAGUCGGUCGCGGCAGCAAUUAGAAGUUACACUAUCGCUAGAGGAGUUGACUACGACGUGUAUGAGUCUGAGCCACAGACGUUCUAUGCAAAAUGCAAGAUGUAUGGGCGCGGGUGCGACUGGCUUAUCCGAGCCAGCUUGAUACAGAAAAAAGGUUGUUGGGAGAUACGCAGAUACAACGGUAGGCACACGUGCACAACGGGAGUGAUUUCACAGGAUCAUUCCAAGUUGGACUCGGACACAGUUGCUGAGGCUAUAAGGCCAUUGGUCGAGACUGACCCGUCCAUAAAGAGGAUGCCUGGGUCAGUUGUCCAGAUAGAAACACGCCCACUCUACAAUGGGAAUGAAGAGGCGCAAGGGGUAAAAAUACUUCAUCGCGUAUUUUGGAGUUUCAAUCCAUGCGUUAGGGCAUUCAGGCAUUGCAAGCCCCUAGUUCAGGUAGACGGAACACACCUAUAUGGAAAGUACAAAGGUACACUUCUGGUAGCUGUUGCACAGGAUGGGAACCAAAACAUUGUGCCUAUCGCUUUUGCCUUGGUGGAAGGGGAGACAGCCGAUGCGUGGCACUUCUUUCUAAGGAAUCUGCGAAUGUAUGUUGUCAGAAAAGAUGGUGUGGGUAUGAUCUCGGACCGGCAUGAGUCAAUUCGAGCAGCAGUAAAUCGUUCCGGAGGUGACUGGCAACCUCCAAGAGCAUGGUGGAUGUUUUGUAUAAGGCACAUCGGCAGCAACUUCCUACGAGCAUUCAAAGUCCCUCGCUUGCAAAAGCUUGUGGUCAAUAUUGGGUAUUCAAGAACGGUGGAGGAGUAUAACAUCAACUAUAAGAGGUUGGAAGAGCGAGGCGAGGCAUAUGCCAGGUGGUGCGAUGCCAUUGGACUUAGACAUUGGGUAUUGGCAUUCGACGAGGGACAUCGAUGGGGCCAUAUGACGACGAACCUUGUCGAGUGCAUUAACUAA